AUGUUUCAAAAACAAAUUAUGGAAAAAGAGAAGAAAAAGUCAGAUAAAACAUACUUUUGGUGCCUUAAUGGAGUUUUGGUGGUGAAAAAUAUUUUUACAUACAAUCGAUAUUCCUCUAUUUGUGCAAAUAUAGUGAGGAAAUGUCUUAAUAAAAAUAAACGUGUUGAAGCAGAAAAACGGGAAAUAAUUUCAAAUUGGGAGAAUGGAAAACAAGGCAAAUCAGAAACUUUAACAAAAUAA